CAGAAAAAAAGCGAAGUAUAGUUGCAGAUGCCCGAUGCCAUUGUCUAACACAAAAGAAAGAAGAUCAACUCACUCAAUCAAGCGCUAUCGUAUGUUCCUCCACCCGCCAUAUAUCCGUCAGAUGCCAGCAUCUCAGAAAGUGUAAUAUCUGUAAGCAGUGGUUGGCCGCCGACGAGAUUAAAGCGUUGAAAAAUAAUGGAAAAAUCAUCAUUCCUAUAGAAAUCAAGAGAAACCUUGUGGUGGAUCCAUUAAUCAAUGAUAAAGAACAGGACAAAUUUAUAAUUACGUGGCCUUCGCAAGCGUAUUUUCCAACCAUGGAAUUGCUAAGGAGAAGUAUACUCGGGACAGCUGUAAAGAAAUACAAUGACGAGCUCGAUGCGGCCAUAACAAUGUGUAAGCUUCAAGAAUGGAAUUCGGAUGAUGACUCUGUUCGCAAUGGUGUGGAUAAUUACAACAUAGGCCUAUGUUUGUGCCAUGAAUCCAGACGUAUACAAGCACUAUUAGUGUACGCCUUAGCUCUGCAGAAAGCUAGCUCUAAAAAACGUCAACGAGUUUUCAGUGAAGCGUAUCAAGAAGAAAAGAAACGGCGCGAAGAAUACGAAAAACGACAGAACCAGGAGAUCAUCAAAAAAAUAUCGCCGAAAUAUAUACCACCUUUGUUUGAUCCAUCAAAAAGAACUGAUACUCAAAACGUGCCAUUACUCGGAGUCCUUGUCCCACAAAAUAAUGGGAUAAAUUUAGCUCAACACCAUGCCAUGGUCAAGAAAACUGUAGCCACUGCAUUAUAUACUCUGUCUAUCUAUUUAUUUGGUAUCACUACGACUAUGCUUAUUCUUGAUAAUAAUCAAUAUCCAAUUUCUCGUAGUGAUCUGUCAUCUUGUGAGAUCGAUGAUAGUUGGACUGCGCGUUCAAUUGACAUCAUCUUGUACUGGAUUGAACAUGUUUUAAUGGAGGAUGAAAAGUCUUGCCAAUUUAAGGGGAUGG